CGCACUUUAAAUACCGCAGGGAAGAGUGAAAAUGACAAGUUUUUCAAUGCAGGACGAUGAAAAUAAUCAAGAUGUAUUAGAAUUUGAAAAUAAUCUUGAAAGAAUUUCUCGUGAUUUAGUCACAGACGUUUUAACACGAGCUAGAUGUAUGAUUGCACAUGAAUCACCUGUAGCCGAACAGAAUAAGUAUGAACUGGCACCACAGUCUUCAACAUUACCAACACCACAAUUGUUAUCGCCCACUGAAUCUACUUGUCCCAAGAAAGAUAAUGCUUUAGACGAAUAUGCUGACUCAUGCCUUAUUUCUCCAACAAAUCAAACAUCUGUCACAAAUGAGGAUAUUCAAACUCCAAAUACUACUAAGGAAGACUAUAAAAUAACUCCAACUGAAGAUUUAAACAAUGAGCUGACAUCAUCUGAGAGAAAACUAACUGAACAAUACUCAAUAGAAUUUGAUUUUCGUUCCAACGUUUUGAAUGAUUUUAGAGGUAUUGGAGUUGGUUCAGCUACACCGGAUACUCCACGUCAAACAGAUUGUCAAUGGAAGUCAAGUACAGAGGCAGCGACAACGAAAAGUAGUAUCUGCACCCCAUUAUACUGCCAUACAAAUACAAAUAAACCGAUUUAUUUAAGAGAAGUAUCUCCGUCACCGCCAACUGUUUCAUCCACUAUGAUAGAAUAUAACUCAAAUGACUUAUCCAAAGAAACUAUGUUGAAUCCCGUCAGUGAGUGUCCAGCAACUUGUAGAAUGUUGACAUACAGACAAGAUUCGCCAACAGUUAUAAACACAAUUGAUAUAGAAGAAAAACUGAAACCAUUCAGUUCACCAUUACCAAUUUAUGUACCUUCUACAGCAUGUACGCGUAUACUGAAAUCUUCUGAUAUUAAAACUCUCACAAAUAAUUACAACCCAUUACUGAAUAGAAUCAGAGAUACGGAUAUCAUGUCUAUAGAUUUAUCUUAUCAUGACAAAAAUUCUGUGGAAACAUCCAGCACUAGCUCUAAUAAUGACAAUUAUAUAACUUCUUCAAAACAAAAAGUCCAACCGAAUGUACCACGUUUACAUUUGCCACUAAGCCCAAAGUUGAAGUCCUCAUCUACACAUGACCAAAUAAGGAAACGAAAUCCAUCAUUAACGCGAAAUAACACUGAAAAUAAUAAAACGCCUAUUCCACAGAUUGCUAAAUCUACAAGUUCGUCAUUAUGUUGGUGGGAACCAUUGAAUUGUACUGAUGUAAAUUGUAUGCGAACAAAGAUGACAACAAUAGCAGAAUCACAGUACAAGGAUAAAUUCUACCUGCCCGAGCCGAAUCCAGAAGUGAUUCGACACUAUCAUUAUUUAUGUGAUCAGCAAGCAAUGAAAGAAGCUCUACUUAUUAAAGCAAUAAAAGAGGCUGAAAAUAAAGCAAAAUAUGAUAAAAUUGCACAUUAUGAAUUAUUAAGACAAAAAUCAAGAAACAAUAAACAUAACUAUCAUCAAAAACAAAUUAGAUUUAUAAACUCUCACCAGUCAAGGAAAGAUGACCUUAGAAUAAAUCGAUUCAAUAAAGUUAACAACAAAUGUAACAACAGAGCGAAUUUAACUAGACCUGAAAAUUUUAUCCACUUAUUACAAAAAGAAAAUAAACCAAAGAAUAAUUUUUCACAAUUUUCAAAUGAGGAAGACUCAGAUUUGACUGUCAGAAAGUCAUGCAUACAACGUUCAGUAUUGAGUAGUACAAGUCAGAAUGUAAGUUAUUAA